ACAUUUCUUCAGACUCACUUUCAUUCACACCCACUUGGUUUUUUCUCUCCCCCUUAAUCCUUUUUUUCUUUUUCUUUUGGUUUCCCAUCUUUUUCCUUCCAUCCAAACAUGUCCAUCAUCACUCACUUAAACCCAGCUACUUCCACUUUCUUCUUGCUCUCAAUAAUACUCCUCUCUUUUCCGGGCACAACAAGAACCGACAACCCAUGCGCGUAUCCAUGUUACCCUCCACCCAUUGGCAGUAGUGCCACUCCUACAACUCCUUCAGUGUCUACAGUGCCACCAGCACCACCACAAUCAGGGUUAAUAUACCCACCACCUUCAGGGUAUUACCCUUAUAACCCACCACCACCUUAUGGCGGCAGUGGCGGCGAUGGCAGUGGUGGUGUUUAUGGCGCCCCACCACCACCGGACCCUAUUCUACCUUACUUUCCAUUCUACUACAGAAAGCCUCCUCACAAGACAGAAGACUCUUCAGCAUCAACCACUGUGCAGAAAUGGACAGGGAUGAUUGCUUCUGCUAUUCUAUUGUAUUUGCUUCUUAUUUUUGUAUAACCUCUGAGAAUCUUGAUGUAGUCAAACUUUUCUUUUAAAUGAGAAUUAGUGCUUUUGUUAUUAAUUUAUUCCAGUUUUUGUUGUGUU